AUCGUCAACCUCCUCCCGUGAUUGAGUGACAUCGAUUUUUUUGCUCCCAACUCCUCACCCGGACGAGUCCAUCUACACACGACACAACCCACAUCAUCGCACUUGUGACCUCCUAUUCUCAACCCUCCAAAGACGUCAAAGAGGCUCAUUCUCCAUCACCCAAAUUCCUCUCCACAACCCAGGUUCCAACAAGAAACCCAUCACUCUACACAAGACCCCUCCACCUCCUCCACCCGGUGUCCACCCAUCUCCAACCCUAAUCCGCCCAAAUUGUUUUGUCAUCAUUUCUCGGAGCUAGCCCAAAGGCCCAGCACUGAAGGUGAAUUCACUUUUAUCGUCCCAACUGAAUCACCUCGAGUGAUCACCCAGACGCGCUCUCCACCCCAACCUUUUUACCCAUAGACAGGUUUCCGCCGCACGGUUUCUCCCUGCCGCAGCCGACCUCCAGAUUUUAGCGGCGCAAAACCCAUCCAAAGUCCUCGAGAACCACGACACCUAUCCUGAGCAACCACAUAUAUCCAGCUAGACACUGUCGUACUACCCAUACCACCAUGGCAACAAACGGCAACACAACCCACCAGGAGCAAUGGCGGGAGUCCGGUGGCGCCCCCUCCGACGCCCCAUCUACCUCCAACACAGCCGCCGACAGCACCCCAUCAAAGGAUGAGGUCGGCUGGUACUUUGUCCAACAAUACUACACCACCCUGAGCAAGAACCCAGACAAGCUUCACCUCUUCUACAACAAGCGAUCCCAGUUUGUCCAAGGCCUCGAGGCUGAGCUCUCUCCAGUCGCAGUCGGCCGACAGGCUAUCUCGGAGCGCAUCAAGGAGCUUGACUUCCACGACUGCAAGGUCCGUGUCUCCAAUGUCGAUUCCCAGGCCUCAUACGACAACAUUGUCAUUCAGGUCAUCGGUGAGAUCUGCAACAAGUCUGGUGAGCCCAAGAAGUUUGUCCAGACUUUUGUGCUUGCUCAGCAACCUGCUGGGUACUUCCUGCUCAACGACAUCCUUCGGUAUGUGAAUGAGGGAGAGGAGGAGGCUACCGAGGGUGCCGUCUCCGAGUCGGCCCCUGCCGUUGAGAUGGAGGCCCCUCACCAGGAGUCCGCAGCUGCUGCUGAACCAGCUCCUGUCGCUGCCGCUGCUGCCCCAGAGCCCGAGAAGGUCCAGGCCGAGCAGCCCUCCGAGCCUACCCCCGUUGCCCUCGAUACUGAGGUUGUCGACAAGAAGCUCGAGGAAGCCAGCUCCACGGCCAAGGACACUCCCUCCACUACUGCUGCCGAGACCCCUGUCGAGGCUGCCCCAGCCGUUGAGGAGGCUCCCAAGGCCGAGGAGGCCCAGACCGCUGUGGACCCAGAGAAGGUGGUGCAGGAGGUCACUGAGGAGGAGGUGAAGAAGCCAGAGCUCCCCAAGGACCCAAGUCCCACGCCGGCCCCGUCGCGCGCCCCCGCACCAGAGCCCGAGAAGCCCAAGGGACCUCCCAAGCCAAUGUCCUGGGCCAGCCGUGCUGCUGCUGCCGUCGGAGUCCCCGUCAAGCCCGUUGUCCCGCUCCCCAAGGCUGCUCCCGCUGCCGCGCCCGCUCAGCCCAAGGCCGCUCCUGCUCCAGCCCAGCCCAAGGCCGCUGCUGCUCCUGCCCCGGCUAGCGAGAACACUGCUCAGGCCGCCGACAAGGACAGUGAGUGGCGGACCGCGGGCGCUGAUUCCAAGCGACAGAGCCGUCAGCAGAACACCUCUACCCCUCCCACCGAAAAGGAGGGCACGCUGGCAUACGUCAAGUUCGUGACGGAGAAGGUGAAGGAGGAUGACCUGAGGAGUGCUCUUGGCAGCUACGGCGAGAUGGUUUACUUCGAUAUCAACCGCUCCAAGAACUGCGCAUUCGUCGAAUACUCUGCUGCAGCGGGCUACCAGGCCGCUAUCAGCGCUAGCCCGAUCACCGUGAACGGCGAGAACAUCGUUGUCGAGCCCCGUCGCCCCAAGGCCGGUGCCUACGGUGGCGCCAACUACAACCAGAACCGAGGAAGCAUCUCCGGACGGGGACGUGGCUUCGAAGGCCAGCGAUCUGGAAGCCAGGGAGGCGGGCGUGGCGGGUACCCCUCUCGCGGCCGAGGCGGCGCUCCCCGUGGGCGCGGCGGCCCCCAAGCCACCAACGCGUGAGGGGUGGCUACCGGCAGCAGGUCUUGACGGCCGUUUCAUAGAGUGUUCUAGGGAGUCAUGGGAGUUCCUUUCUUGGUCGGACGGUGUAUUAGUGGUUGCGUAACGUCUUGCUUGCUGAACCGGCGCAUUGCGAUAUCUGCAUCCCAAGAGAAAAGUUUUCUACGUGGUAUUUUUCUUUCUGUGGAAUUUUGUACAGUUGACCGGGCCACACGCGACGGGGAAUCUGGCGGACGUGGAGGUGGCCACGAUUGCGGGUCAGAUGCCUCAUUCCAACAUUUUUUGCAUGAUCAUCAGGGCGAACGGCUGUAUAUGUAACCAGGCUGGGGACGAAUAUACAUGAUCAAUGACGAGAUUGUAGGGGAUGAUGGGCCACAGCAAAGAAGGAGGGAACAGGCCGAGGGAGGAGCAGGGUAACGGGACGGUUGAAGAGAAUGUAAUGAUAAAACCACGAGGACGUGUAUACCAUUUGACGGAGGAAAAAAAGACGGAAAGUCAGUCAUGGCCAGCCAUCAAUCAAUGCCUUGGAGUUGAACCCAAAAGCGGCAUUUCUCAAUU